GGAGAGGAGGGCAGGGCUUGCCCAUCGGCACCAGCCUCCCCGGGCCCAUGAGCAGUGGCUAGCGGCUGAGCAGGGUGCCCCAUCUCCCCUUGCUGCUUUCUGGAUUAGCUGCCGCCCCCGGGAUUGCCAUCGCAGAAGCGCAGGGCUUGAUGGCGGGAUCUUGUGACAUCAGCAAUGUCUUCUCUAACUACAUCAGCGCUAUGUACCAGCCGGAUGAGGUGCAGCCAACCUUGGAGAUGCUGGGACACCCUGGGGAUGACAGCACCCUGGGGCUGAGCCUCCCCACCUGCCAGCCCCCAGCUCAGAGCUCAGACAAGCCGGAGUGGUUCAGUGAGCUCCCAUACUUCUGGACCAAGGUGCAGGUGCUGGAGUGGAUCAGCUACCACAUAGAGAAGAACAAGUACGAUGCCAGCUCCAUCGACUUCUCCUGCUGCAACAUGGAUGGGCACGCUCUCUGCCACUGCACCAGGGACCAGAUGCGCCUCAUCUUUGGGCCCCUGGGGGAUGAACUCUACGACCGCCUGCAUGAGAUCAGCAUCGCUAAUCCCAGUCCCCCCACCCCUGCAGCCUCCGAUGAGCUGAACUGGAUCAUUGACUUGCUGGAAAAAGAGGAUGCGACUUCCCAGGAGACUUUCCUGAACUCCAGCCACUUGGAGCUGGGAAAUCCCUGUGCCAAGGAAUCCCUGGAGGACAUGAAGCCCACAAACCCUUUCUUAGCCACAGACUUCACCUGCUUGCCGGGUGCCAUGUCCCCAGGCAGCUCUGAUGUCUCAGGGCCUGUGAUGUCCCACAGCCCCAUCUCCCAGGACUCCGGUGGAAGUGACCUCGACCUCGACCCUGUGGAAGCAAAGCUUUUCCCUGAUGAUGGCUUCACAGGGAGCAAGAAAGGGGACAGCAAACAUGGCAAGCGGAAACGGGGACGGCCCCGAAAACUCAGCAAGGAGAGCAGAGACUGCCUGGAGAGCCGGAAGAGCAAGCACUCCCCAAGAGGUACCCACCUGUGGGAGUUCAUCCGGGACAUCCUCAUCCACCCAGAGCUGAACGAGGGGCUGAUGAAGUGGGAGGACCGGCAGGAGGGUGUCUUCAAGUUCCUGCGCUCAGAAGCGGUGGCUCAGCUCUGGGGCCAGAAGAAGAAAAACAGCAGCAUGACCUACGAGAAGCUGAGCCGAGCCAUGCGAUAUUACUACAAACGAGAGAUCCUGGAGAGAGUCGAUGGGCGACGACUGGUGUACAAGUUUGGGAAGAAUUCCAGUGGCUGGAAGGAGGAGGAAGUGCUCAACAGGAACAAGGAGCUGUAGGAAUCCUGGAUGAGCUGGGGUCUGACAAGCCCCUCAGGGCCAGCCCCAAGCUGGGCUCUUUGGCAGGAAACGUUGCCUGCAACUGUAUCUGGAGGCUGCUGCCCUGUGCAGUGUGUGAAACUCUGACUCAUGGGCACGCUCGUGUGUGCUGGUGACCACUGAGGUGUUUAAAGCUAAUACUUUGGCUCCAGUAGGUUAUUGUAAACCGUUAUUUGCCUCGCUGGAUUUGUACCUCCAACUGGAGUUGCAGUGACUUUGGUUAUUUCAAAGCCUGGACAAACACACAGGGGAAAAGAAGUUCCAGUGGCAGCUGGCACCACAGGGAGAGCCCAGGUCUCCUGCUGUCACCCACCAUCUGCCCGGGUGGAGGGGCAGCACCACCGUCUCACCUGUGACCAAGCAGACCUUGUCCCAGCUAUGGGGUCCUCUCUCAUCAUUGCUCCUGCUGUGCCGAAGGUGCCCACCAUCGCGUUUGCUCCAUAUGGGAUGGGUGAAGCCCCCCUGCGCAGCAGCUUCUCAGUGUGGCACCUGCUGAGAGAAGAUGGGAAUAUUGUGGAGCUUCACCUGGAGAGCCCUCAGGCGGGGAGAGGACUUGGGACAGCAGGGCCACUCUGGAUUUCCUGUAUCUAGAAACAGGCCUUUUCCCCAAAAGUAGCUUCUAAUUUAUGUAAGACCGAAAACUGAAUGAAUGUACAGAUAUAUUUUUUCAUGAGUUCCCUUGUGAGAGUGUGCAUUUUAGGACACACACGUGUCUUGUGGCAGGUGGUGAUGCUCAGCUGGACUGAAGCAAUGUCACGGGGGGCACAGACUGGCUCUGUGUCAGCCACAGGAGGGGGAUGCCAGCCCAGCCAGGCACCCAGCCUGUGCACGUGGUUUCCUCCUUUUCAAAUGGGAACAUAAGAGGAAUAAAUUGUUUGGUUGGGUUUUUUUGUA